GGCGAGCUAUGAUUGGUUGAAGGUAGCAGGGGCAGCCUGCAGGAGCUUGGACCCACGUGGAGUUGGCGGCCGCUGAUUGAGCCGGAGGGAGGGGCCGCACCGAGCACCGGGAGACUGGGCCCGAGCGGACACCGGCUCCUCCUACCUCGGGGCCCGGACAGGUCCUUAAUGCAACUUUAGACAAGGCACACUACCUCCCCUGAAAAUGUUUCCACAGAACAGACCUCCAUCACACUUGCAGGCAUCAGUGGCAGCUGGAUCAGCAUCUGGCCCUCCCCAAAGCCUCAAACUGACCUACCCUGAAACCUUGGAUCGUAUUAAGGAGGAGUUUCAGUUCUUGCAAAGUCAGUACCACAGUUUAAAGAUGGAGUGUGAAAAGCUUGCAACUGAGAAAACAGAGAUCCAAAGACACUAUGUCAUGUAUUAUGAAAUGUCUUAUGGACUGAAUAUUGAAAUGCACAAACAGACUGAAAUUGCCAAGCGUCUGAACGUAAUCUGUGCACAACUGGUCCCGUUUUUAUCGCAAGAGCACCAGCAGCAGGUGGUCCAGGCAGUUGAACGCGCUAAACAGGUGACCAUGGCUGAGCUGAAUGCAGCCAUCGGGGUACGUUUCAUCCCCCCUCAGCUGACUGUGCACCAGCUGCAAGCUCAGCACCUCUCUCAUCAUGCACCUCCUAUUCCCCUCACACCUCACCCAUCUAGUUUGCAGCCCCAAAGCUUGGCUGCUGCCACCAGUGCCUCCAGUCUUCUGGCCCUGUCUGGUGUCCUUGGUCUACAAUCACAACUGAUGGCGAAAGAGGGGCUUACGGACUCAGAGCACAGAGACAGAGACCCAGGGCCUAGCUGUGUUACUCUUCCAAAUGGGGAGCGUGUGCGGACCUUGUCAGAUUAUCUAAACAUCAACAAAAAGCGUAAAACAGAGGAGAAAGACUUUGGAACAGACUAUGGCAGUGAUGCUGACAGAAGUGAGGACAAUCUUGUGGUGGAUGAGGAUCCUGCAUCACCUCAUAGUGUCCAUUCCUACUCCUCUCGGGAAAAUGGUGUGGAUAAAACCAACCUACAGAGGAAGGAUCCUCCUCCUGCUAGUCCAAACUCCAUGACCUCAUCUAGCAGUGUGUCCCCCUCAAGGAGCAAGGACCUUCCCACGCAGGUGGAAAAGGCUGGGACACCUGGCUUAAAAUCCAGCACUCCAAACUCUCAAAGUGAUAUGAGCACUCCUGGUCCCAGUGGGUCUAGUGUAUCUCAGUUCCGACCUCUUUCAAAUAAAUCUGCCAUCGACCCUCUAGCUCUGGGUCUACGGGCACCCUUGAGUGCACAGGGAGGCUAUCCUGCGGCAUUUAGUAUUGCUCACCCUUCUGUGAAUGCUGAGGGAGCUGGCGCCUAUGCUGGUCUUCACCUUAUGUCUCCACAGAUUAAUGGAGCAGCUGCUGCUGGAACCUAUGGAAGAUCCUCUUUAGUCGGGUAUGACCCCCAUGCACACAUGCGGGGCUUGGGAGCUGCAUCUGGAAAACCGGCAUACUCUUUUCAUGUCAGUGCAGACGGACAGAUGCAACCUGUCCCAUUCCCCCCAGAUGCUCUUAUAGGCUCUGGGAUCCCCCGACAUGCCCGCCAGCUCCAUACGUUGAAUCACGGAGAAGUGGUUUGUGCCGUGACCAUAAGCAACUCCACACGUCAUGUCUACACUGGAGGCAAGGGCUGUGUUAAGGUUUGGGAUGUUGGGCAGCCAGGCACAAAGACACCUGUGGCACAGCUUGACUGCUUGAACCGUGAUAACUAUAUCCGUUCCUGCAAACUCCUCCCGGAUGGUCGCAGCCUUAUUGUUGGAGGAGAAGCCAGCACUUUGUCUAUAUGGGAUCUGGCAUCACCCACCCCAAGGAUAAAGGCAGAGCUAACCUCCUCCGCCCCUGCUUGCUACGCCCUUGCUAUCAGCCCAGAUGCUAAGGUCUGCUUCUCCUGCUGCUCUGAUGGGAACAUUGUUGUGUGGGAUCUACAGAACCAGACACUUGUCAGGCAAUUUCAGGGGCACACAGAUGGUGCCAGCUGUAUAGACAUUUCUCAUGAUGGCACCAAGCUGUGGACUGGUGGUCUGGACAAUACUGUUCGAUGCUGGGACCUGAGAGAAGGAAGACAGCUUCAGCAACAUGACUUCAAUUCCCAGAUCUUUUCCUUGGGAUACUGUCCAACAGGGGAGUGGCUGGCUGUUGGUAUGGAGAGCAGUAACGUUGAAGUCUUACAUGUUUCCAAACCUGAUAAAUACCAGCUGCAUCUUCACGAGAGUUGUGUUCUGUCCUUGCAGUUUGCUUCCUGUGGUAAAUGGUUUGUCAGCACUGGAAAGGACAAUUUGUUAAAUGCCUGGCGGACACCUUAUGGGGCCAGCAUUUUUCAGUCAAAAGAAUCUUCAUCUGUUCUGAGCUGUGAUGUUUCUACUGAUGACCAGUUCAUUGUCACGGGUUCUGGUGACAAGAAAGCCACAGUCUAUGAGGUCAUCUACUGAAGGCCUUUUUCUUUUACUUGGGUUCCCCUCCUACUGCACGGACCCACGAGGGGUGAUAAUCUGUCCUUUUUGGGUUAGUUCUGUUUUUAGGUGUAUAUUUUAUCAGUAUCGGCCAGCGUGUAUUUAAUAAUAAAACUGGAGAAAAAUGA